UGCAUUUGGGGAAAAGGUGAUGGGAAGCUUGCAGCCGAUGCAGCCGGCGUUUGGAAAAGUUGCUUUUUUAGAUUGGAGAUCUCUCAUAUCCCAACCCUGCGCACAAAAGGAACUUACAAUGGCUACAGUGGAUGGAUGACUAUUUGUCGCAGGGAGGGCUUGGGUUGUGUGGUUCCUGCACAUCGAGGGGUUAGAUUGGAUGACCUUUGGGGUCUUCUCUAUGACUCUAAUUGUCGCCUAUAAAUCUUUGUAAGAGUAACAACAACCUUUUUGCUUCCCCCCCAUUUACCCGAAAAGAAACAAGCCAACAACUUGGUGGACACCUUGAUGAAAUGCACGCCGCACUACAUCCGGUGCAUCAAGCCCAAUGAGACCAAAAGGCCGAGGGAUUGGGAAGAAAGCCGGGUGAAGCACCAAGUCGAGUACUUAGGCCUUCGGGAAAAUAUUCGCGUGCGAAGGGCCGGAUACGCUUACCGUCGGGUCUUCAAAAAGUUCCUCCAUCGGUACGCCAUCCUGACGCGGGAAACGUGGCCGUCUUGGCGCGGGGACGAGAAGCAAGGCGUGGUCCACCUGAUGAAGUCGGUCAACAUGGACCCUGACCAGUACCAACUGGGACGCACCAAGGUCUUCAUCAAGGCCCCCGAAUCCCUUUUCCUUCUCGAGGAGAUGCGGGAGCGCCGUUAUGACGGCUACGCCCGCGUCAUCCAGAAAGCCUGGCGCAAACACGUGGCCGUCCGCAAGUACAUCCAGAUGCGGGAAGAAGCGUCCAACAUUGUCCUGAACAAGAAAGAGCGGCGCCGCAACAGCAUCAACCGCAACUUCAUGGGCGACUACAUUGGCCUGGAGAGCCAUCCCGAAUUGCGGCGUUUCGUGGGACGCAGGGAGCGGGUCGACUUCGCCGAAACGGUUGUGAAAUACGAUCGGCGGUUCAAGACGGUCAAGCGGGACCUGAUCCUGACCCCCAAGUUCCUCUACUUGAUCGGCCGUGAGAAAGUGAAGCAAGGGCCAGAGAAAGGCCUCAUCAAGGAGGUCCUCAAGCGCCAGAUCGAGGUGGAGAGGAUCCAGUCCCUGUCCUUAAGGUAAGGAGGACCAGGGUGGGUCCAGCAAAGCGCCAUCGUUUCUGGCAAGCAUGGCACAAACACCGAACAUUUAGAUGGCUGCUGCUUCUUCUAAGCCCUGCAGAAAGAGACCCUUUUCUGUGGUUCAGAAGCAAUGCCAAAU